GCAGGGCCGGUGGCCGAAUAACCCCGCGUGGACGCUGGGGCUCCCGGGGAACCCUUACCCCACGGGGGUCGGGAGCGUGCGGAUCCCGCAGGCUUGCGCAGAGCCAGUGUGCCGCACCGCAUCCUGCUCGGCCCCCCCGAGAGUGUGCGAGCCCCCAAGAUACCGCUUAGACACGUUACUGAAUUUGGCCGUCGGCGAGCAGGGUUGUUGUGCUAAAUCCUGGGCUGCAGGACAAAGGGGCUUUCAUCUCCCCUCUUUCCCCCCCCUCCCCCAGUACCAAGCCCCCGCUGCAUGUGGCCGGAUUGGGGUGGUUACCCAGGCUGUCUGCACGCUAAUUGUCCAUCUGUCUUGCAGAAUAACGAUUUUCUCAGGAAUACGGUGCAUCGCCAUGAGCCGCCAGUCACAGCCCAGCCUAUCCAGAUCUUGGUGGAGGACGACGAGGUGGUGGUCGUGGACAAACCCUCCUCUUUGCCAGUACACCCCUGCGGCAGGUUUCGUCACAACACGGUCAUCUUCAUCCUGGGCAAAGAGCACGAUCUGAAGGAGCUGCAUACCAUUCACCGACUCGACCGCAUGACCUCGGGAGUCCUUAUGUUUGCCAAGACCGCAGAGGUGUCCAAGAGGAUCGAUGAGCAGGUUCGGGAGAGGCAGCUGGAAAAGGAGUACGUCUGUCGCGUGGUGGGGGAGUUUCCAGAACACGAAGUGGUCUGUGAAGAGCCCAUACUGGUUGUUUCUUACAAAGUGGGAGUGUGCCGUGUGGACCCCAAAGGGAAAUUCUGCAAAACCAUCUUCCAGAGACUCAGUUACAACGGCAAGACCAGCGUAGUCAAGUGUCUUCCGCGUACUGGCCGCAUGCACCAGAUCCGGGUCCAUUUGCAGUAUUUGGGGCAUCCCAUUGUCAACGACCCCAUCUAUAAUAUGGACGCCUGGGGUCCCGACAGGGGGAAAGCUGGCAAGAUCGAUAAAACGGAUGAAGAACUCCUUAAAGCGCUGGUAGAGGAGCAUUGUUCCAAACAGAGCCUGGAUAUCUUGGGUAUUUCGGAGGAGGACUUGAACUCCAGUGCUGGAGAUAAAGACUGUGGUAAUUCAAGCGACUGCACAAAGUCUGCGCUGGCUGAUCCUAUAAAGGAGAACUCUUGCCCUGCUGAGGACACCGAGGAUCCCGAGAGAGACACUAAGGAUCCUGAGAGAAAUGACAUAGCAGCUUGUCUGCUGAACUCUGGUAGCAACCUGGAAAUGCUUGAAAAAAAACCCGAACUUGGUUCGUGUGAGAAUCAGGAUGGGCAAACCGGAGAAAAGAGUUCAGAAGAGAAGGACCCUUUAUGCGUGGAGUGUAAAAUUACGAGGCGGGACCCAUCUCCUCAGGAGCUGGUGAUGUACCUACAUGCCUUGCGCUACAAGGGAGCGGAGUUUGAGUAUUGCUCCAAGAUGCCUGAGUGGGCAAUGGAAGACUGGGAGGAAUGACCGAGGACACCUGACACCUACGGACGUUGUGGGCCAGGAAAGUGUCUUGUAAAAACCUAACGUUGCCGUGUUGAGCGUGGUUGAGGUGAACAAACUGCCUGUGACUGGAGAGGGGCUGGGAAGGAUUGCUGGGGCUGGAGGACCGUCCUGGCUGCCGACAGGCACUGUGGGAGACGAGCAGGAAGAUGGGGCUACGUCACUGGGUUUACGUUGCCCUUCAGGGAACUAGCGCUUCGGGGCCACAAUUGUCACUCGGCACAGGCAGCUUUGCCUUUCACCUCAGCCCCUUCUGGGCCUGCUGUCAAUUAUCCACACAGAUAAUUAAGUGUACACACUUAAAAGUCAGCAGCUGAUCUAUCUUCUGGCCUGCUAUCUUCAUAUCUUACAGUAAUGCUGGAAUGUCGUUUAAUAUGCUGGAUGUCAUGUUGUACACAAAACUCUUUUUACUGUAUUUUAUUGUCAGGCUGGUUUUAAAACUCAAAACGUUAUCACCGAGAAUGCCGUACGGUAAAUUCAGAGCGCUGUGAAGCCCAUCCCUGUUGUGCUUACUGUUUGUCAACAAGGUAGGCUUUGCUUUGAAAUGGCUCUUCCAAAAUUGGUUCAGAUAAUGACUUAAUGUAAAGUUAGUAGCUCUGGGGAUGGAUCUCUCUGUGUUGGGCCUGGUUUGGGAGGUGGUACUCCCCAGGUUUUGUCUUUGAGAUUUAGAAGGAGGCUGAUUUAGUAGGUUUUGCCAGUCUGUUCUGCUGCCUUCCCUGCGAUGUACCUCCUGCCUCCUCAAAACCAUCUGCCUUCUCUUCUGAGAACCUAUCGAUCUCGGUCCCUUAGGCCCCAUUGAAGACCUCUUCAUACUUGAGCAAAAAUCCAAAGCAGAGGUCAGUCUGCCAACGUCUUAAUUUAUUUUUUCUAAACCGUACUGUAGGCAGGUUGUUUCUCAUUGCUGUGGAAUUGUUUUUAAUAUCACUUCAGUGUGACAAUCAGCUUUAAAGAAAAACAAAAAUUGUUUUAUGAACCAGAUGACUUUUUUUUUUAAUACAUUUUAUAUUAAUAUGUUUCCAGGAUGAUAAAUAUCACUAUAGUUCUUAUUUUCAUCAGUGUUUCUGUGGUCACUUCUUGGCCUCUGGGAGGGUUAUUAUAAUAAUUCUGCUGUCUCAGGUUCUUUUUUAUAUAUGUAUUUUUUUCCCCCCUCUUUUUCAUACAUGUCACCAGUGGUAAUGACCUGCUCCAGUGACUGCUGCAGGCAACCAAAACCUUUACCUGGGAGGAGCCAGGUUGGUUCAGGACUGUUUGCAGACAGUGGCUCUCGCCCUGUCGCUCCAUAUCCGCAUUUCUCUGCACCCAUUCUUACACAGGGCACACGCGUGGCGUUCUACACUUUAAAAUAUUAAAGAAGCCUUUAAAAAAGGUGAAGAAGGGAGUCCAGAGGGUCCGAUGCCAUUCAGCAAGGGUGGUACCAGCCUUGCUGGAGCGUGGUCCAGUCUGAGGUCAUCUCUCCAUGUCACGCUGUGCUCUGGGGAGCUUUAGCUCUUUCUCAGCUUCCCCAGGACAUGGGUUCUACACAGAUCUUUUGUCACCGGUUUGCCCAUUUCACAGAGGUUACUGGAGAGCUCCCUGCUUCACAGGAGUCUGUGAGUAGGAUGCUGGGGACCUAAGGCUGCCCAGGCCCAUGGGAAUGACCACAGUCCUCCGUGGCAGGGCUCCUAGAAUCGCUCGUUGGUCAGGACUUGCGUACUGGACCAGAAUAAACCAGUGCUUACUUCUUCCAGUAGCUCAGAGUAGCCACGAGAUUUCUUUCUCUCCUGGAUCAUCCGUCUGAUGCGUUGUUUCCAUAAAAGUUCACUCAGGCCUGAGCUUUGCUCCUCCCCAUCCUGCCAAGGGUCUGUCAUGAUUCUAACUUAACCACAGAUUUGAUUUUAUUUUUUUUUUCCUGCCAUCAUGUCUUAAGGCCAGGGCUAGUACUUAGCAACAGGCAGCUUGUUAAACCAAGGGGAGAAAAGGUCCCCUGUGUUUGAGAGAAGAUGCUAAAAAGUGGUGUCAUCCUGAUUUUUCAUACACUGAAAUACGUAUUUGACAUAACUGUGAAUGAAACUUGGGUGCCUUCAGUGUGUAAGGGUGCCUCACUCAGCUGUUCCUGGCUUUAGAUGCAAGGGAAAGGUAGUAGAUUUAGGGGCAACAGUUUUAAAUUAGACUUUGCGGUGUCCUGGAUUAUAUUAUCUGGAGAUUUGGGAGUGUUUUUGUUUUUUUUUUCUCCCUAAGAAAUACGCAUCUGAAAGGGGUUUUACUGACUUGUGCCGGUAGAUGGAGACUGGAUGGCUGAAGGACCUGAUGUGGAACUGGAGCUCAGUGCUGCGUGCUUACUUUUUUGGGCUCAUGACUGCACUUAGCAACUUUUAAUGGCCACACCUUGCUGGUCAAGGUAUCGGGGCUUCUGUUUUCAAGACACUUUGAACAAUGAAAAUUUAAGGUUGAUUUCACAAGGAGCCUACCACCCAUUGCAUCAUGUUUCAUUUUAUUUCCGUUCAGAGCCGGUGUCCAGCCAAUAGGUGCUGUAAACACGCACAAGAAGUCAGCAUUUGCUGUUUUGCUAAUUAGGGACAGUGUUACUAUUAGAGAUUGUGGGAACAAGUACGGAAUCUGCAGGUGUGGCGGCUGAGCCAGGCACCGGAGAUAUCCUUGGCCUUGUUGGUCUCGAGCCAUGGGAUAACUGAACAUAGAGCUAAGUGACCUGGACAGGCUGGAGAGUUGGGCAGAGAGGAACAUGAUGAAGGUCAACAAGGGCAA